AUGAGCCUCCAUCCAUGCAGUCGAAGCACCGUGGAUGGCCAGGCGGCCUCCGGCCCGCAAGAAGACAAGGAGUCUGGCAGACCCCGGCUCUACCCCUAUUUCCACUCGGGUCUAGCACUUUCAGGAGCCAAUGGCUUCUGCCUUUCUCUUUGCAGAACGUUCACCCCCGUGUACUGCCCAAGCCCGCUGAGCGGCAUCACGCCUCUGCUGUACGUAGCUCAGACCAGGCAAUCCAACAUCUUGAAAAUACUCCUGCAAUAUGGAAUCCUCGAGAGAGAGAGAAAGCCCUUCAACAUCGUGCUCACGAUCCUGCUGUACCCUUCCAGAGUGAGGAUAAUGGUAGAUCACGAACUGGUGGACAUCCGGGAAGACGCCAAAACGUGCCUAGUGCUGUGUUCCAGAGUGCUUUCUGUCAUUCCAGUCCGGGAAAUCGAGGCACAGCUGAGCUUGGGAAGGCGACCGAUUAUUUCCAAUUGGUUAGAUUACAUCCCUUCAACGAGAUACAAAGACCCAUGUGAACUCUCACAUCUUUGCAGACUGGCCAUCCGAGCUCAGCUCCUCUCCAACAAUAUGCUCCCCAGUGGGAUCUUUUCACUUCUGAUUCCUGCUCGUCUGCAGAACUACCUGAAUCUAGAAAGCUAA